AUGUGGCGUGGUUUACUGCUGCCGUUGCCUCGUCAUUCCUGCGGUGUUUCCUGCGUGUUGCAUGCCCCCCCCCCAGCAGCAGCAGCAGCAGCAGCAGCAGCAGCAGCAGCAGCAGCAGGAGCAGCAGCAGGAGGGGGGCUGGGGUGUAUACGCAGCUUCGCAACAAAAGAAAAAGGAAAGAGAGUGAGCGCCCCCUCUGCUGGCCCCCUCACCAGUAAACCCCCAUCGGCGUUUGAGCUGCAGAGACAGUCCAUAGAGCGGUGGUUUGCUGCUGCUGCUGCUGCGCUGCUGCAGCGCGAACGCCAGCUGCAGCAGCUGCUGCAGCAGCAGCAGCACCACCACCACCACCAGCAGCAGCAGCAGCAGCACCAACAGCAGCAGCAGCAGCAGCAGCAGCAGCAGCAGCAGCAGCAGCAGCAGCAGCAGGAGGGGAUAGUGCUGCAGCAGCCGCAGCAGAUAUUUUUUGAGCUGAAGCAGCAGCAGCUGCUGCAGCAGUAUAAACAGAAACUCAUCGACUUGUAUGGCGAGUCUACGUGGAACAAGGAAAACCGCUUCACCGGCUGGACGGAUGUCCCCCUGUCUGAGCACGGCUUGAAGGAGGCGCGAGAGGCUGGAGAGAUGAUCCGCGAGAAGGGUUUUAAGUUUGACAUCGCCUACACGAGCGUGCUGAAGAGGGCUGUGGAGACUUGCUGGACGGUCCUAAACCACUCCGAUCAGUGCUACCUCCCCAUCAAGAACACCUGGCGGUAA